UCUCCCACUUCAGGUUUUCCCUUCCUUGCAGUCUUCCUUCUCUGCUUUUUUCUUUUUUUUGUUCUCUGGCAGACAUAUAACAAACACAUAUCCACGAAACGUUUCUCUUUUAAAACCACCAUGGGAAGACAUCAACAGCGAUACCGCGGCGUCCGUCAAAGACAUUGGGGCUCUUGGGUCUCUGAAAUUCGACACCCCGUCUUGAAAACUAGAAUAUGGCUAGGCACAUUUGAAACGGCUGAGGAUGCAGCAAGAGCAUAUGAUGAGGCGGCAAGGCUAAUGUGUGGGCAAAAAGCACGAACCAAUUUUCCACACAAUCCCAAUGAGCCUCAAUCUUCUUCAUCAAAGCUGCUCUCAGCUACCUUGGCAGCUAAGUUACAUAAAUGUCACAUGGCAGCACUCCAACUGGCUAAAAAGAAUGCAGCAAAAGAGUCUUAUGGAGCAGAAUGUCACCCUUUGGCUCCCACCGGAAGCAAUAUUGGAGAAAUGGAUUGCCGGCGGCAGCCGGAGAACAUAUGGUUAGGAGAGGAAAGUCAGGUGGGGAAUGAAGAGCAGUUCAUUCCACUAGAAGAUGAUCAUAUAGACCAGAUGAUAGAGGAGUUGCUUGAUUACGGAUCUAUUGAAUUUUGCUCUGUUAGUUCAACUUAAGGUCUAAAAUUAAUCAUUUUCCAAAUGUUAAUGCACUUUUUUUUUUCAUUUUUCUAGUUCUUGGUAAUUUAGGUCACAAGAUUAGAUGCUACAUUUUGCUAUUGAUUUGCAUAAAGUAGUGUGAAUGCAUUGGAAUAAAAUA